AUGAGAGCAUUUAUUAAAACUUCAUACUUUAAUUAACCAAAAUAAACUAAGCAUUCAAAAAAGCCAGACCCUUAAAAAGUAAAAAUCGGCUUAGAAAAGCUGAACAAUUAUUAUUUGAAAAGUCUAGCGAGUGCAUAUUAACCUUUGAUGAUAAACAUGAUUGAAUAAAUGAAAAGAGAAUUUCAGAUCAUAGAACUAUUUAAGUUUAGCAAUAAAAUAAAUCAGAGAAACCUAAAAGAUAUUUUCUUGGCUUGGAAAAUACAAAGUCAAUAGCCUCAACCAUAUAAAUUGCAAUUACCAUACAGUCCACCAAAAAAGGAUUUGAAUCGUAAAAGUGUGAGCAAGAAAUUAGCACGAUCUAAAACUCCCAGAAAUGAAGUUAAGUUUGUAACACCAGGGAGAGAAUCCUCAAAAAGUGUUCUUUCAACUAUCACAAAGGAUGACGAUUUGCAUUCGAAUAAAAUAGCUGAUAAUUUUAGAUUAAGAAAAUAUUGGAAUAAAUUUAAGUUAUUUGCUAAUUUUCAAAAGCACUUAGCAUUCAAAUCCAAGCAUUUUAGAAGUUUCUGCAUCAUUAGAAAGUACUUUUACAGGCUAAAAGCCAUCUUAUAUCUAAGAAAAUUGAGACUGCAAGAAUAUUAAAAAUCAAAAAACAUCUAUAUUUUAAGAUUCUCCUUCUCUAAAUGGCAUGAAUAUGGGCAAAAGAAAAAGAGAUACCAAUUCAUCUAGGAGAAAUUGGAUCAAAUAUAAAAAUUGUUGUUAAUGAGGAAAGGACUCAAAGGUUUACAUUAGCAUGCAAAAUAAAAAUAAUAAUUAUAAUCUACAUAAAUAUCCCAUAAUUCAUAAAUUUAAUCGUAAUAACAGAAGAAGAUAAAACUUAUUCCUAAGAAAAAUUGA